AUGGCUCAACAAGAACAGCAACGUUUUAUAAAUCGAUUAGCAAACGAAAAAUCUUCUUAUCUUCAACAACAUGCUCGUAAUCCAGUUAAUUGGUAUGCAUGGAGUCAAGAAGCAUUUGAAAAAGCUCGUCAAGAAAAUAAACCAAUUUUUCUCUCGAUUGGUUAUAGUACUUGUCAUUGGUGUCAUGUAAUGGAACAUGAAUCUUUUGAAAAUAAUGAAAUUGCGAAAAUACUUAAUGAUCAUUUCGUAUCAAUUAAAGUUGAUCGAGAAGAACGUCCUGAUGUCGAUCGAGUCUAUAUGACAUAUCUUCAAGCAACACAAAGUGGUGGUGGUUGGCCAUUAUCUGUUUGGCUCACUCCACAAUUACAACCAUUUUAUGCCGGUACAUAUUUUCCACCGGCUAGUGAACAUCAAUAUGGUCGUCCUGGUUUUAAAGAAAUUUUAUUGAAUUUAAAUAAAGCAUGGUCAACAAAAUCAAAUGAAAUUAUUGAUGGAAGUAAAGAUGCAAUACAACAAUUGACGAAAGCUAUAGAAACACAAGCAGCUAGUACAGAAAAUGAUCCUAAUUUACCUUUAAAUUCAAGUAUACAAACAUGUUUUGCUUAUUUUGCAAAUGAUUUUGACGAUAAUAAUGGUGGUUUUGGUACACAUCCAAAAUUUCCUCAACCGGUGAAUUUUAACUUUUUAUUAACGCAUGCUGCGUUAAGUCAUCAAGCAAAAGGAAAAUCAGAUGUUGCUCGAUUAGCUAUUGAUAUGACUCAAACGACAUUAAAGAAAAUGUCUUUAGGUGGUAUUAAUGAUCAAUUAGGUAAAGGUUUUCAUAGAUAUUCAACAGAUGAUAGAUGGCAUGUACCUCAUUUUGAAAAAAUGCUUUAUGAUCAAGGACAAUUGGCUGUAUCAUUAGCUGAUACAUAUGCUAUUACUAAAGAUGAACUCAUUAGUCAAACAUUACGAGAUCUAAUUUCAUAUGUUGAACACGAUUUACGUCAUAGUGAACAUGGAGGUUUUUAUUGUGCUGAAGACGCUGAUUCAUUACCGACGAAAACUGAUACAAAAAAAAAAGAAGGAGCAUUUUAUGUUUGGAAUUAUGAUGAAUUACAUAAAGUUUUACCUGCAAAACAUGCUGAUAUUUUCUGUGCUUAUUAUCAAUGUAAGAAAAAUGGUAAUGUUGAUCCGAUGCAAGAUCCUCAUGAUGAAUUAAAACAUCAAAAUGUUUUAAUUACUAAUGGUAAUCUUCAAACUAUUAUAGAAAAAUUUAAACUUGAAAAUAUUACUGAAGUAAAAGAAAUUUUGGCUAAAUGUCAUGAAAUUCUUCUUGCUUAUCGUAAUGAAAAUCGACCACGACCACAUCGUGAUGAGAAAUUUCUUGCUUCAUGGAAUGGUCUUAUGAUAAGUGGUUUAGCUCGUGCUGCUUGUGUACUUCAAGAUUCUAAAUAUACUCAACUUGCUGAACAAGCAAUUGCUUUCAUUCGUGCUCAUCUUAUUGAUUCAUCAACAAAACGACUUUUACGUGCAUGUUAUGUUGAUCAAAAAACAAAUCAAAUUGAAUAUACGUAA